CAACGGAUCCUUUUUACAAAAUAAUAUCGGCGAAACUAGAAGAUGGCGGGAGCUACAGGUGUAUAGCUGCGAACAAAAUAGGAUCAAUACUUAGCGAAGAAAUCAAAAUUGUAGUGGCAUAUAUGGGAAUAUUCGAAGAUCAAAGCGAGAGAUCUCUAUCAGUCAAAGAAGGCGAUGCCGCCAUCUUAGAUUUGCCAGAAAUCGAAUCAACACCACCGCCGGACGUCACGUGGCAAACCGAUGAAGGUAUUACGCCAUAUGGACAAAAAUACGCUUAUUCGAAAAACAAUCAGCUGAUUAUUUUAUCGACCGAACCUUCAGACGAGAAAGCAUAUAGAGCUCGGGCAAUCAACUCUCAAGAAGGUAAGGAAGAAAACAGCGCCUUCAUAAGACUGACGAUAGAAAAAACAAACGACGACAAAGAGAUAGCUCCCGAAAUAAUAAUAGGCCCAGAAGACUUACAGAUAGUGAAGGGGACACCUCAAACGACAAUAGACUGCAUAGCAAACGCGCGGCCUGUAUACGAACUAGAAACAUUAUGGUUCAAAGAUGGAAUACCGAUCGAAAGUACUGGAAUAUUGUACUCCUUCAACGACAUUUGGAACAGGAGCGUCAUCUUGGCUUCGGUCAAUACCACGUACAGCGGACAAUACGAGUGCCAGGUUAACUUAAGGUCUGGAGGAUUUCCCACUGUGAAAGCAUCUGCUCAAAUAGAAGUGCUAGAAAAACCUAGAUUUUUCACUAAUUCGAAACCAGAGACUCUUGGGGAUUACGCCAAUUCCAUCAGCUUACCGUGUGAUGUCCUGGGGAUUCCGAAGCCGAACAUCACUUGGUACAAGAACUCUGAGGAGAUCGAUCUCGCUGACAAAAGGUAUGUGUUACAAGAGGACAAUUCGCUGUUGAUUAAAAAACUGUUGAUUAGCGAUAAUGGAAUGUACCAGUGCUUUGCAAGAAAUGAAGCUGGAGAAAGCUCGUUGUCAACUUGGCUGAAGGUUAAAACUGCGCAACCUGUAAUGGAAUAUGGACCCUCGAACAUGACAGUACUUGAUGGAAAUGACGCCACUCUGAGCUGUAGGGCGGUUGGGGCGCCGCUCCCAAACACCACGUGGAUACAUAACGUUCGUACACAAAUAAUUCAACCACCUGUGGAUACAAGGGUUCUUUUGGGGCAAACAGCUACACUGCAAUGUAAAAUAUCUUCUGAUCCAGCUGUACCUUACCAGCUGGACUGGUUUCGUGACAAGCAGAUGAUAAAUCCAAGAGGAAGUCAGAGGAUUCGGAUUCUGAGUGAUGGUACUUUAGAAAUCGAAGCGGUGAGAGCUUCUGAUGUCGGACACUAUACUUGUUCGGUUCAGUCUCCAGGAGGCAAUGAAACCAGGUCAUCAAAACUAUCAGUCAUCGAACUACCCUUUUCUCCUACCAACGUGAAAGCUGAGAGAUUGGACACUGGACAACAGAGAGCUGUCAACGUCAGCUGGACGCCGGGGUUUGAUGGAAAUAGUCCUAUAAAAAAAUAUAUUAUACAAAAAAGAGAGAUUCCGGAAUUGGUCCCGCCUAUUGCAGGUCCAAUACCAGAUCCGCUAUUGAACUGGGUGACAGAAUUGAGUAACGUUUCCAUGGAGCAACGAUGGGUUUUGCUGACUAACCUCAAGGCAGCAGCGGCUUACCAGUUCAGGGUGAGCGCCGUUAACAGCGUAGGUGAAGGACCUGCUUCUGAUCCUAGCAAUCAGGUUAUGUUGCCACAAGAAGCUCCCUCUGGACCACCUGUGGGAUUUGUUGGAUCAGCCAGAAGUUCAUCCGAAAUUAUAACACAGUGGCAGCCUCCUUUAGAGGAACAUCGGAACGGCCAAAUUUUAGGUUAUAUUAUCCGAUAUCGGUUAUACGGUUACAACGAAAGCCCGUGGACGAUCAGAAAUAUAACAAACGAGGCUCAACGAAAUUAUCUAAUAACAGAUCUCAUCACAUGGAAAGACUACAUCGUGCAGAUCGCGGCUUACAACAAUAAAGGCGUAGGGGUGUUCACAGAUGGAGCCAAAAUUAAAACGAAAGAAGGCGUUCCUGAAUCCCCACCCAUCAUUCGGAAAGUCGAACCGUUGAAUUCCACCUCUAUUCAGAUUUGGUGGAUUCCUCCCGAUCCACAAAAAAUCAACGGGAUCAAUCAGGGCUAUAAAAUACAGGCUUGGCAGUGGCAUCCCACUAGGGGUCAUCUUGAGGCCAGCAUGAUGACGGUGCAUCCAAAUUUGUUGGAUCCGUAUGCUGAACAAACGGCAGUCAUGACUCAUUUACAAAAAUUCACAGAGUAUAAUAUCACAGUCGUUUGUUUUACCGACCCAGGAGAUGGCGAAAUGAGCGAUUAUCAUCAAGUAAAAACAAAGGAAGAUGUUCCCGAUGAAGUAUCCAACCUUCAGUUUGACGAAAUCAGCGAUAGAGCUGUAAAAGUUCUGUGGAAACCUCCAAAGAGAAUAAAUGGUAUCUUAACCCGGUACCAGCUGACGUAUAUGAUCAAAGACGAACCACAAACGAUCCGGGUGAAAAACUUCACGGCGAAUACUCAUAGUACCAAAAUUACGGAUUUGCGAGCGACGACUCAUUAUCGAUUCGACGUCACCGCAUGGACCGACGUCGGUCCUGGUCCACCCAAGAUAGCUAUAAUACAAUCUGGAGUAGAACCUGUAUUGCCGCAUCCACCCUCCAAGUUAGCAUUGUCCAAUAUUGAAGCCUUUUCUGUCGUUUUGCAAUUUACUCCUGGAUUCGAUGGUAACUCGUCUAUCACUAAAUGGACGGUGGAAGCGCAAACUGCAAGGAACGCCACCUGGUUUAUCGUAUAUGAAAUUAAUGAUCCCGAUGCGACUACCAUAACGGUAACAGGACUCGUACCAUUCACCUUGUACAGAUUGAGACUGAUCGCUAAUAAUGUUGUUGGUCGUUCAAAUCCAUCAGAAGCUACCAAGGAGUUUCAGACGAUCCAGGCCCCUCCUGCACAUCCGCCAAAGAAUGUUACUGUAAGAGCGAUGAGUGCCACAGAAUUGCGAGUCAGAUGGAUACCUUUGCAACAAAUCGAAUGGUUUGGGAAUCCCAGAGGUUAUAAUAUCACUUAUACUGAAAUGAGAACCGGAUUUGCUCAUAGUUCCACCAUAGAAGACCAUACCGCUAAUUCUCAUAUAAUAAUCAGCUUGGAAGAAUAUGCUCUCUAUGAAAUAAAAAUGCAAGCUUGUAACGAUGUCGGAUGCUCUGCUCCAGGUCCUACAGCGCUAGAGAGAACAAGAGAAUCAGUACCUUCAUUUGGUCCUAUGAACAUCGAAGCAAACGCGACCUCUUCAACAACUAUAGUCGUCAGAUGGGGCGAUGUUCCGAAAGAACACCAGAAUGGUUUGAUCGAAGGGUUCAAGGUAUUCUACACAGCUGGAGUAAAAUCUCCCGUUCAGUAUAAACAAAUUCCGAGUAAUUCAACAUUCACAACGACACUGACGGAGCUACGAAAGUUUGUGACAUAUCACAUUCAGGUGCUUGCUUAUACCAGAUUGGGUGACGGUGAACCAAGCACUCCAGCUGUGAGAGUUAGAACGCAUGAAGAUGUUCCCGGUGCUCCGUCCAACGUUUCAUUCCCAGACGUUUCAUUCACAACUGCAAGAAUAAUCUGGGACGUUCCUGAAGAGCCGAACGGAGAAAUAUUGGCAUACAAAGUCACCUACCACAUAGAGAAUGCCAAAGUCAACAGCAAAUCCUCCAAAGAAUUCCUUCCUUCUGACAGAACGUUUCGGUUCAUUCAGCUCGACGCAGAAAAGUACUACAUGUUCUCAGUAACUGCCCAAACUCGUUUGGGGUGGGGCAAAACCGCACACGCGUUGGUAUUCACCACCAACAAUCGCGAAAUACCGCAACCGCCAUCUUUACCUCAGAUAAGUCUCAGCCAAGUUCAGAGCAAGCAGAUAACCUUCAACUGGACACCUGGCAGGGAUGGAUUCGCCCCUCUGAGGUACUAUACAGUACAGAAAAUGGAAAACGGCGGCCCAUGGCAGUCGUUGCCUGAGAGAGUCGAUCCGAGUCGAGACUCUUAUACGGUAUCCGACUUGAAACCUUUUACUCGGUACAGGUUUCGUAUUCAAGCGACCAACGAUAUCGGUCCGAGUCGAUUCAGUCCGGAAUCCAUUGAGGUUCAGACACAUUCUGCCGCACCUAGCAAGAGUAUCACGGGACUUAAAGCAGUACCAAUCACCACCACAAGUGUUGAAGUAUUUUGGGAGCCAGUCGAGGAGCAGUAUUGGAGUGGUGAUACCAAAACAGGAGGUUACAGAGUAGUGUUUCAGCCAGUUUCUGAUUUCCCUACAGCACUUCAAGUCACUCCAAAAGAAGAAAUCAUGGGUAUCAAUGCUAGCAAAAUGGUACUGAGUGAAUUGCUGCAAGACAGAAAUUAUGAAAUCGUGGUAGUGCCAUUUAAUGCUCAAGGAGAAGGACCAGCCAGUCCCCCUAUAACUGUCUAUAUUGGGGAGGCGGUUCCUACAGGGGAACCCAGAAGCUUACAAGGAGAGCCGGUAUCAUCGACAGAAGUGAGGUUGAGAUGGAAACCACCCCAACAGCAAAUGCAAAAUGGAGAACUAUUGGGUUACAAAAUUUUUUAUCUCGUUCUCAACUCGCCCCAGGAACUGGAGGAGGGGAAGAAAUGGGAGGAAGAAAUUGAAGUGGUUCCAGCAUCUACCACGUCGCACAGUUUGGUAUUUCUCGACAAAUAUACCGAGUACAAAAUUCAGAUUCUAGCUUUCAAUCCUGCUGGAGAUGGACCCAGGUCGCAGAUGAUUAAAGUGAAAACUCUACAAGGUCUCCCCAGUGCUCCUGCGAAUCUUAGGUUCACGGACAUAACCAUGAACAGUUUGGUAGUGGCUUGGGAUCCACCGAAGAAGAGGAAUGGAGAUAUUUUGGGUUAUAUAGUUACAUACGAAACUACAGAGGAGAAUGAACGUUACAGCAAGCAAGUUAAGCAAAAAGUUACCUCAACAUACCUCCAAGUCCAAAGUUUGGAAGAAGAAGUUACAUACACUUUUAGAGUAAAAGCGCAGACCAUAGAUUACGGACCUCCAACUUCCAGUAACGUUACGACUGGUCCCCAAGAAGGAUCUCCCGGCACCCCCAAAGAACUGAGCUUGGUCAAGACUUUGUCGAGUGUUGAACUCAGGUGGUUUAACGGCCCCACAGGAAAAGGACCCAUUCUCGGAUAUUACAUCGAAUCUCGCAGAAAAGACGACACCAGAUGGCAAACUGUUAGCAAGACUACCAACGGGCCCUUACAAGAAUUCACUGUGUUAUACCAAAGUUUACUGCCGUCGACGUCUUAUAAGUUUCGAGUAAUUUCUUACAACAAAUUUGGCAUCAGCUAUCCUGCGUAUUCGGACGAAUCGGUUUUGACGCCAUCCAAGCUCUACAUGGAGUACGGAUAUCUACAGCAUACACCGUUUUACCGUCAGACGUGGUUUAUGGUUACGUUAGCUGCUACUUCUAUAGUGAUAAUUAUUAUGAUUAUUGCCAUCCUGUGCGUGAAAAGCAAGAGUUACAAGUAUAAACAAGAGGCUCAGAAAACUCUGGAAGAAUCAAUGGCGAUGUCGAUGGGCGAUCACCAGGAAAUGAACUAUUUCCACCCCAGGAACGGUACCUCCACCAUGAACUCGUUGGGAACGGUAACUAAGAAGAGCACUUUAUCGAAGAAACCCACCCAGCACCAACCACCUCCGAUCGUUGGAAAAUCUCCACCGAGGCCGUCACCAGCGUCGGUUCCCUACAAUUCGGACGAGGAGAGUUUGAAAGGAUACGACGAGAAUCCUGAUGACAGCAGCGUUACGGAGAAACCUUCAGAAAUGAGUUCGUCGGAUUCACAGGGUUCCGAAAGCGAAAACGAAAGCGUCCGUUCGGACCCCCACUCCUUCGUCAACCACUACGCCAACGUCAACGACACCUUGCGGCAGUCGUGGAAACGACAAAAACCGGUUAGGAACUAUUCAAGUUACACGGAUUCCGAACCAGAGGGCAGUGCCGUCGUGAGUUUGAACGGCGGGCAAAUAAUAAUGAACAAUAUGGCGAGAUCGAGGGCCCCGCUGCCUGGCUUCUCGUCUUUUGUAUAAUAAAAUGUGUCAUAGCUGUAAAUUGAAAAUUUGAUAAUAUCGCGCUGAAUUUCUUUCUGCGAAUGUGAUCUACUUAUUUAAUUUUUAUCGAUAGUGUUAUUCGAUGUAUAUAUUAUGAUUACGCGUUUCGGCAGCUUGGCAGGAAUCCAUAUAAUAAUAAUUGAUAUCUGUUCCAUUCGUUGUGUGAAAAAUAGUGGGCAGGUCAUACCUGAUUAGACGAACAUGAAAAAAUACAUUGUUCUCAAAAUUUACUGUAAAAAUAAUAUUUUCAUUGAAUCUUAGUAAAAAUGCCCUUUAAAGAGUUUACAUUCCGAAAUGAGUAGCAGACGUGCUGAUUACCAUAUUAAGUUGCUAAAUUACAUAUAUAACAUAACCUCAAGUUAUGAAUUUUCAAUUUCUUGUAUCUAAAUUUUAAUAAUAAUCGUUGCUAAAGUUUUAAUAAGGGAGGCAAAAAAAAAUUGGUAUUUGAAUACUCGGGAAAUGUUCUUUUUAUAUAUUAUAUUUGUAUUUUAUUUUACAAAGAAUUUUAAUUCACUUUCAUUGGCCUUGAGCAAGUUCAAAAGUGAGAUUUGAAGAAGUAAUAAAUACUCAUGAGGAUAACUUUUAUAAAUUACUCUAAAUGAUCAAUUUGCACUUUUUCUGGUUGAAAUAUCACAGUGUUUUUUUAAUAUGUUUGAAAGUAUCAACCAAUUCCACCAUAUAAAUUUCAGUUCAUUUACACUGAACAUCGAUUGUUAGUAACUGCUAGUUCAUAUAAAAAAUCCAAUCACUGUCACUCAUAAAAACAACAAAAAGACGGAUAAUAAUUUGACAGGCAGGAUAUAUUAUAUUCAGUAAGUAUAUUAUAACAGUAUGAAUUGUAGUGUGACUAUUUAUAUUUGAUGAAGUGAAACAUCAGUUUUUGAAGUAAAAUUUACUGGUGAGGUAACUUUUACUAUUACCUUAGAUAACCAAUUGCCAUUUUUCUGGAGUAAUUAUGAUUUAUAAAUGUUGCACAUUAUCAGAAAUGAACUGGGCUGUUUUUAUUGACUGCUAAACUAUAAAGUAUUGAUAUUUUUGCUAAUUGAUCAUUACUUCUUAGUAGAGAAUUUUAAAAGUAAGAUAAUUUUCAUAAUUUACUUCAAAUAAUAAUUAUAAUAUGUCUUAAGAAAUAGCAAUGAUUAGAUAACAACUUUCUCAACUUUUAACCAUCCUGAUUGUUGCAUGGCUAAAAAUAUAUGAUCAUAACUAGUUUCUAUUUCUUCCUAGUUUAAUUUUUAUUCCUACACAUUACAGUUAGUGUUCAAUAGCCAGGUUAGUUAUCUUCAGCUACAUUCCUUGAAAAACGUUUUAUCUUUUUCGUUUUUCUUCCUACUGCUAUGAGAAUUUGUACUCAUUGAUUCAAAUAAAUUAUUCUCUCAAUAUCCUAUUACUUAUUUUAUCAUUGAAUGAUUUUAUGUGUUCUCUCCACAUAAAUUUUUUUUCUUUCAACUUCUCCUAAUUAUCUCAUUCCAUAUACAUAUCACACUCAUCCUAUCAAUGGAUUUUUAUCUAAUUGGCAUAUUUGUGAAGUUGUAGAAGUUCAUAGAUGCAUUAUUGCCCUAAUUAUUUGUUUAAUUUACUUUUCAUCAAGAAACAUUAUCUGUUUUUACGUAACUUUUCGUAUUUGAUAGUUUAGACUAUAAAACGAGAGCUAGGGAUUCAGUUGAUUCUUAUCUCAAAGUUCCUGAAGCCAAAAUCUUCCUCCGCCUUCGGAAUUGGAAAAAAUCAAAUAUGUUUUGUAGAUUUA